GGAAGCUGGUGUCAGAUAUGGACUGCUGUUCCCCGCGCGUCUUAUCGUCACUUACGGAUCGAAAAAGAGAAUCUUCGAUUCAGUCGCGGAUGCCGAAGCAUUUGCCAAUACAAUCACCGCCGCUUCUUGACUUUUUAAUACAUGCGCACAUGAUUUGGACAAUUUUCGCAGUUGCUCUACAAAUGGAACCUGGAUCCUAAAUGGAGCAAACUCUAUAUUUCAUUCUUCUUCUCAUUGCUCUCUGCUCCGUAUCUGAAUGUGUUCAGCGUCAGUAUCACUUUAUAAACGUGAUGAAGACCUGGACUGAAGCUCAGAGAUACUGCAGAGAGAAUUACACAGAUCUGGCCACCGUUGACAACAUGAACGACAUGAACGAGCUGAAGAAGAGUGUGAAUGAUGUUCAGCGUAUCUGGAUUGGGCUGCAGAAGAUGGGUGUUGAUAAAUGGCAGUGGUCUUCAGGUGAUCCUGGGAUCUAUCUGAACUGGGCUCCUGGACAACCUGAUGGCACAGAUGAGUGUGCUAUGAUGAGAAAUGGACAAUGGCAUGAUUUGUCAUGUAGUAUCAGCCUGACUUUCAUCUGCAAUUCAUCUAACAACAUGAACACAGGACUCGUCUUUGUCAAUCAGAUGAAGAAUUGGAGAGACGCUCAGAGAUACUGCAGACAGAAUCACAUUGAUCUGGUCAGCGUGAGGAACCAGAAUGAGAGUCAACAGCUUCAGAAGUUCAUCAAUGAUAAUCUCAUAUCUGGUGAUGUCUGGAUCGGUCUGUUCAGAGACUCAUGGCAGUGGUCUGAUCAGAGUAACUCCUCAUUCAGAUACUGGGACUCUCCUGAACCAAAUAAUUAUUCAGGAAAUGAAAACUGUGUUGUGAUCGAACCAUACACUCUGAAACAUUGGAAUGACAUCUCUUGCAACAACCAGUUUCCUUUUGUGUGUCAUGAAGAUAAACUGAUUCUGAUCAAAGAGAAUCUGACGUGGUCUGAAGCUCUGAGAUACUGCAGACAGAAUCAUACGGAUCUGGCCUCGGUUCAUUCAGAAGAGAUGCAGCGUCGUGUGAUGAAUGUGGUUAAAGAGGCGUCUACUGAGGCGGUGUGGUUGGGUUUACGUCAAUCCCGCAUUUUGUGCAUCUGGUUCUGGGUGCGUGGAGAGACUGUGUGUCAUCAGAACUGGGCAAACGACACAUCAGAGGACUGUGAGUCUGCAGAGACAUCUGGAGCAGUUCAGUGUGGAGGUGAUCAGCGCUGGAUCAGCUUUCCUGAGACUGAGAAACUCAACUUUAUCUGCAGCAAUUAUGAGUGAAAGGAUAGACACAUCUUUCAUAUAAGAUAAUAAAAUGCUUGUGUUCACUUCCUUUAACUUUAUUUCUAUUCAUGAUUUGGUUUGUAAAGUAAUAAUUUUACACAUAAUUUCUCAGCAGGCAGUUUUAUCUGAAGGUAGUGAUGGGCGCUUUUGAAAUGCAGCUUGUGAAGCUUUGAACCAUUUGAGAAUCUUUUAUCAAACCAGUGAUUUGGAGUGUGAAUCAAACUGCCAAAAUCUUGUGGUUUCGUUAAACUAGGCUUCAUUACGUCAUAACUGUUUUAAUACGUUUGAAAAUUUCAGUGGUUCACCACCAUGAUCUCUGUGCAUGAACCAGUGUCUUGUGGUUUUUACCUGAUCUCAGAUCAGUUUCAGAAAUUUGUAGACAUUUUUAAUGACACAUUUGUAUAAUAAAAAGGAAGAGUUAAUACCCUCUUACUGACCUGAUUAACCAAUCUCUCCAUAAACAAAACAAGCCAUUAAAUUUAGUAAAAUAGCAUAUACAGACACUUCAUAUUUAAUUGUAUUAGAUGAUUUGUUAAUUGUAUUAAAUAGUUCACACUUUCAAUAAAACUUUCGCAUUUGGUUUGUAAAAAAAAAAAAAAGUGUUUGUGUGUUUUCAUUGCAAUUACACCAUUCUGAACAGCAGGCGUCACCAGCAGGAGAUUUUUGAGUGCUUCAAAACUGUGAAUAGCUUUGCAAAGCAACUUGUUUCAGAAGGCUUUGUUUCUCCCAUCACUGCCUGAUCGUAAAAAAAGGCAGAAAUCUUCAGAUUAUAUGUUUGCUUAAAUAGUUAAAAUAUUUUCUUCAGUAAACCAUUAUUGAAGUGUAAAUUGUUCUUUUGAGGGUCUGUUUUUCUCCAGGUGGAUCAAUUUCUGUUAAUUCAUCACUGUGAUUCCUGUGGCUCUGUUUGAUCCAUUUUAAGACCCUAAAUGGCCAGAAUUGCUGUUAACAAAUUCUGACUUUACAAAAUGUCUUUUUCUGUUAUUUACUAUCUUCAGAAAUUGAAUUUUGUGAGGGGUCAAAGGGCAUCAUAUACGUCAACUGAAGAGUAUGGUGAGUUUUUUAAUACCUUAUUUGUGUUUUAUGGAUUUCGGUAUGCUGUUUUGGCUAGUGUAUUAUGAGUUUCAUGUAUUAAUGAUGUCUUAAGAUUGGAAAUUGAGUCCAUGCAUGUGAACCAAUGAGCAGCAACAUUAUGUUCCUCAGCUAAAUGAAAUAUUGUUUAUUCUUAAUGGAGUAAAGGUUGGGUAUAAAAAUAUCUGGAAUCAUUUUGUGCUAAACAUAACCUUUAUGGAAAGAAAAUAUAUUUCGAUGUAUAUGUAGCGGUUGUUCCUCUGCGUUGUGUUGAUGGUAAUAAAAAGGA